CCCGUGUCGACGUUUAGAGUCUCUAGUUGUACGUGUUCACGUUGGAACAACCGUAGCAACGAAGUUUUGUAAUUGUACGCAAUAGUGAAGGAAGAAACAAAUUGUUGCGGCCUUUUCUUGCAAAGUCGAGUCGUGUAACAUACGCGUGCAUAUUUAGAAACAAUGACGAAAGAGGAGGAUCAAUUCGAUGGAAUGUUGCUGGCGUUGGCGCAGCAACACGAAGGUGGUGUUCAAGAUUUAUUAGACACGAUCUUCAGUUUCCUGGCAAGGAAAACGGAUUUUUAUACCGGCGGUGGCGAAGGGGCAGCCGAAAAGCUUGUUAUGAGCAAAUUCAAGAAGCAUGAAGCUAGCGCUUUAGCCAAAGCUGCCUCCGAUAAAGCAGAAAGAGCUGAACAAGAGAGACGGCGCAAGGAGAGGCUUGAGAAAAAGAAGAAAGACGAACAAGUCGAGGAAGAGAAAAUAGACAAUAGUUCUAAAAUAGUUGAGUUAACUGAUGAGCAAGCUGCCAAGCUGCAGGAAGAAAUAGACAACAAGAACCUAGCAAAGGACGUUGCUGUUGCGGGACCAAGUGGUGAUAACAAUAGCGUGUCUAAGGGAAAUGAUGCAAAUGAGGAAGAAGAAGAAGAUGAUGAUGAAAAAGAAAAGAAUAAGCUGAAGCCUAACAGCGGUAAUGGUGCAGAUAUGCCGAAUUAUAGAUGGACACAGACACUUGGAGAGGUGGAGAUUAGAGUGCCACUGAAAAUUAAUUUUGCGGCCAGACCUAGAGACGUGGUUGUGACGAUCGCGAAGAAGCAUCUAAGCUGCGGACUAAAGGGUCAGUUGCCGAUCCUCGCCGGGGAUUUCCCACACGAAGUCAAACUCGAGGAGUCCACUUGGGUAAUUGAAGACGGAAAACUGUUGCUGAUUAAUUUGGAAAAAGUCAAUAAGAUGCAAUGGUGGCCGCAUGUAGUAACAAGCGAGCCAGAAAUCAGUACGAAGAAAGUGAAUCCUGAACCUAGCAAACUUUCCGAUCUUGAUGGGGAGACUAGAGGUCUUGUGGAAAAGAUGAUGUACGAUCAGAGACAGAAGGAACUAGGACUUCCUACGUCUGAUGAGCAGAAGAAACAGGACGUUAUAAAAAAAUUCAUGGAACAACAUCCUGAAAUGGACUUUUCAAAAUGUAAAUUUAAUUAAUAUUGAUGAUCAAUUUACCAAGGACUCAGAACACGCUUAAUAAUAUUCCAAUAUUUUAUUAAUGCUGAUUAUUAAGACCGCAUCUUGUUCAUUAUUAUCAUAAUAAAGUACAAUAACUGCGUUCAUUGUACUGCAUAAUUGAAGGAAAAGAGUGGAUAGGAUUGCGACAUAUUGUUCAAUGAUUGCAGGACAUGACAGCACUAUGUUAUAAUGCCAGAUACAGAAUUCUAUCAAUUGUA